AUGACGACGACGACGACGACGACGAGGGCAGCGGCAGCGGCGGCGGGUGAACACCUGGCGUACGAAAAAUGCCUCGCGCUCCUCGCGUCGACGCCACCGACCGUCGCUCUCCCUUACCAUCCGACGCAAACCGUCCAAAACGUCGUCCGCAUCGCGUUGGAGGAAGACGUCGCAAACGUCGGCGACGUCUCGUCGUUAUCGACCAUCCCGGAAGAUUUACGCGCGACGGCGACGUUACUGGCGAAAGCGGACGGCGUUUUAGCCGGGGAACACUUAGCGAACGAGAUUUUAUCCAUUGUGGACGAGGACAUCGAGGCGUUCUGGCAAAAACGAGACGGCGAGGAAAUCGAGAGAGGGGAGAUUUUCUGUUACCUCAGAGGGUCGGCGAGAGGGAUUUUACGCGCGGAACGCGUGGUGUUGAAUUUUAUGCAACGCAUGAGCGGGAUCGCGACGCUGACGAAAAAGAUGAGCGAAGCGGCGAAACCGGCGAGGAUAUUAGAGACGAGGAAAACGGUGCCGGGACUGCGGGUGAUCGAUAAGUGGGCGGUGUUGAUUGGCGGCGGCGAGAACCAUCGGAUGGGAUUGUUCGAUAUGGUCAUGAUUAAAGAUAAUCACGUGGCGGCGGCGAGAGGGAUUAAGAACGCGUUGGCGUCGAGCACGACGUUUUUGAUUGAAGGUGGAGAGAAGUACGAAGGUGUGAUGAUUGAGUUGGAGACGAGGACGAUGGAGGAGGUUAGGGAAGUGUGCGGUUUGUUGGAGGACGCCGGGACGGACACGAGUCGCGUGCAGAGAGUGAUGUUGGAUAACAUGUCGAUGGAGGAUAUGCGAGAUGCGGCGGGGAUGCUGAAUAAGUUUGGAGUAGAAACAGAGGCGAGUGGGAAUGUAACUUUAGAGACAAUAGGUGGGAUUGGCGCGACCGGGGUGACGUUUAUUUCGAGCGGACAGUUGACGCAUUCAGUGGUCGCGUUGGACAUUUCUUUGAACAUCGAGAAUAACCAAUAG